AUGCUUCAAAUGGGCAUCAUCCGUCAGUCUGAAAGCCCAUGGGCCUUACCUCUCCACAUGGUUCCAAAGGCUGCCAUUGGUGACUGGCGCCUCUGCGAUGAUUACAUGGCCCUGAACAACGUUACUAUCCCGGACCGCUAUCCUGUCCCACAUCUUCAGGAUUUUGCCUGUGCCCUAUUCGGCAAGUCUGUAUUCUCGAAGAUCGAUCUGGUCCGUGCUUUCCACCAAAUUCCCAUAGCCCCAGAGGACGUUUCGAAGACGGCCGUUACCACCCCCUUUGGCCUCUUUGAGUUCCUGCGCAUGCCGUUUGGACUUCGCAACGCCUCCCAGACCUUCCAAAGGUUUGGAGACAGAGUGCUUCGCGGCCUACCAUUUGUCUACGCCUAUAUCGACGACCUUCUGGUAGCCACCUCCACCGCCGAAGAACACAUGGAACAUCUUACAACGGUGUUUGACCGCCUUAAACAAUUUGGCGUUGUUCUUAACCCGUUCAAGUGCGUCUUCGGUGUGCCCUCCCUAGAAUUUCUCGGUCAUCUGGUCGACUCCCAAGGCAUUCGGCCUCUUCCCUCAAAGAUUGCCGCCAUUCGGGACUUUCCACCCCCUACCUCGAAGCGUCAGUUGCAACGGUUUCUUGGUAUGGUGAACUUUUAUCGCCGGAUCCUACCGAACUGUGCUGAUCUCAUGCUACCACUCACCAACAUGCUUUCUGGUCCCAAAGGUCCCCUCGAGCUGACUGGUGAAGCACUGACUGCUUUUGAGAGAAUCAAGAAUUCCCUUGCUGAUGCCACUUUACUCACACAUCCCGCUCCCGAAGCUCAGCUGUCUCUGAUGGCAGAUGCUUCGACCGUAGCCGUAGGUGCAGUCCUUCAACGACACCUUGCUGGUUCGACUCAACCACUUGCCUUCUUCUCCAAAAAGCUCUUACCGGCUGAGACACGCUACAGUACCUUUGGCCGUUAACUACUUGCCAUUUACCUAGCUGUGAAGCAUUUCCGGCAUUCCCUUGAAGGUCGUGACUUCACCGUUUUCACUGACCACAAACCGUUGACUUUUGCACUUCGUUCCCACACUGACAAACUAAACCCUCGGGAAAUCCGCCAACUGGACUACAUCUUCCAGUUUACCUCAGAUAUCCGCCACAUCGACGGGUCACGCAAUGAGGUGGCUGACGCACUGUCCAGGCCUUCUAUUGCCCAUCUUCAGCUUUCACCCGGGAUAAACCUCGCUGAGAUGGCCGCUGAACAACGCCGUGUCGGUCCACCCUAUGAUGAGGAUGUUUCCGGACUUCAACUUCAGGAACUACCACUCACAACUGGCAACGGCACCAUUUUAUGCGACGUAUCCACCCCAUCCCAUCGUCCAUUUGUGCCACCAUCCCUCCACCGCAAAGUUUUCUCCUCCCUGCACAAUCUCUCUCACCCUGGGAGUCGAGCAACCGACAAGCUGGUUUCCGACCGCUUUGUCUGGCCUGGAAUGCACAAGGACCUGAAGGCAUGGACACGGGCUUGCAUUGCCUGUCACCGGAGCAAGAUCCAGCGGCACAACAAAACUCCCAUUGGCACCUUCCCUGACCCUGGUGCAAGGUUCAGCCACGUUCAUCCGGACAUUGUAGGCCUCCUGCCUCUGUCCAAUGGUUGUUCCUAUCUCCUCACCUGUGUGGAUCGGUUCACUCGGUGGCCUGAAGCAAUUCCCCUGCCUGACAUUGCUGCUCCAACGGUGGUCAAGGCCUUUCUCAGUCGUUAGGUUGCUAUCUUUGGUGCACCCUCCACAAUCACGACUGACCGUGGUGCCCAGUUUGAGUCUAACCUCUUCCAGUCUUUACUCUCCUUUUUAGGCUGUACUCGCAUCCGCACUACAGCCUAUCAUCCGGCAGCCAACGGGGUGGUCGAGCGGUUUCACCGCCAGCUGAAGGCAUCCCUUCGCGCCGCGGCCGACGGACCACCUUCCUCUGGUCCUCUUGGGCAUCCGCUCCGCUCUGAAGCCGGACCUUGA